CUCAGCACCAACUUUAAGAAGUGAGCAGAGGCUCGGGUCCCAGACUACUUGGUGGUGGAGGCAGCAGCAGUAGCAGCAGCAGCAGCAGCAAAGACCGUGGGGAAGACCAGAGGCCAGAGCCAUGGAAGACCAGAAUGAUUUAAUCUCUAACCACGAGCAACUGCCCAUUUUGGGUCAGCGCCCUGGAACCCAGGAGAGGAAGUGCAGCCGUGGAGCCCUGUACACAGGCUUCUCAGUCCUGGUGGCUCUGCUCCUGGCUGGCCAGGCCACCACUGCCUACUUCCUGUAUCAGCAGCAGGGCCGGCUGAACAAGCUGACAGUCACCUCCCAGAACCUGCAGCUGGAGAACCUGCGCAUGAAGCUUCCUAAGCCCCCCAAGCCGGUGAACCAGAUUCGGAUGGCUACCCCCAUGCUGAUGCAGGCACUGCCCAUGGAGAGUCUGCUUCACGGGCCCCCGCAGAAUGCUACCAAAUAUGGCAACACCACCCAGGACCAUGUGAUGCACCUGCUCCUGAGGUCUAACCCCCUGCAGGUAUACCCACAGCUGAAAGGGAACUUCCCAGAGAACCUGAAACACCUGAAAAACACCAUGGACAACCUGAACUGGAAGGUCUUUGAGAACUGGAUGCACCAGUGGCUCCUGUUUGAAAUGAGCAAGAACUCCCUGGAAGAGAAGCCUACUGAGGCUCCGACCAAAGUACUGACCAAGUGCCAGGAAGAGGUCAGCCACAUCCCUGCCGUCCACCCCGGCACAUUCCGUCCCAAAUGUGAUGAGAAUGGCAACUAUAUGCCACUCCAGUGCCAUGGGAGCACUGGCUACUGCUGGUGCGUCUUCCCCAAUGGCACCGAGAUCCCCCACACCAGGAGCCGUGGGCACCAUAACUGCAGUGAGCCACUGGACAUGGAGGACCAGUCUUCUGGGCUGGGUGUGACAAAGCAGGAUUUGGGCCAAGUCAUCAUGUGAAGAUAGCAGAAAUCUCCAGCACCCAGCCAGCUUUGUGUGACCACGGGUUUCCUGCUCCCCUCUGCCUCAGCCCCUCCCCUGUGCCUCCAGUGUCCCCCAAGUUCCCAUCCCUGCAGCCCCUCCUGGGCUGUCAGCCUGUCCACUCCCAUCUGUUGGCAUGGAUGCAAAGCCAGAGGUGGACUCCUGAUCACAUCACUGCAGUCCCUAACAUCAAUUAUCUAGGUUCAUGGGCAGGGAGGAGGGACACUACCCCAAACCCUAGGCUGCACGUUUGCUGACCUUUCCCCUCAGGCCUUUUCCACCUCACUCCCCAAGGAGGGGCAGUUUCUCUGCUCAACACCUGCAACCCCAGCCAAUGCCAGGUCCCCUGCUCAGCUAGCUUGUAAGCAGCCAUCAGGGCUGGGCCAUAGUGCACAUUGAGAAUAAAAUGUAGUAAGUAGAA